GUUCUAGAUUUACAAUGUCACGUGGUACUCCAUAAUGGAAACUAAUUCUAGGAAUGAAGAUAGAAAAUACUGAUUUCCUUCAUUGAAAUUGGUCCUGCACAUUGUACAUUUCCCUCUCCAUACAGUAGAGCUGAGGCUCAAUGGUCGAAUCCUAGGAUUAGUUACAUUUUCAGAAUCAUGAUGUCAAAGUUGAAGAUCUGGCGUAGUGAAGCACAUGAACCAUAACUUGACAGUUGAGUGACUCACAGCGGCUCCAGUAAGUGCAGACAGGAUUGAAGCUACUACGUGCCGAAUAAAUUCAUUCUUGUUGGUUCAAAGUUUUAUCUAUAGUUGUCGGAAGAGGAGCCUUUGGAGUAGUUUGCAAAGCUAAGUGGAGAGCAAAAGAUGUUGCUAUUAAACAAAUAGAAAGUGAAUCUGAGAGGAAGGCUUUCAUUGUGGAGCUCCGGCAGUUAUCACGUGUGAACCAUCCUAAUAUUGUAAAGUUGUAUGGAGCCUGCUUGAAUCCAGUAUGUCUUGUGAUGGAGUAUGCUGAGGGAGGCUCUUUGUACAAUGUGCUGCAUGGUGCCGAACCAUUGCCUUAUUACACUGCCGCCCACGCCAUGAGCUGGUGUUUACAGUGUUCCCAAGGAGUGGCUUAUCUGCACAGCAUGCAGCCCAAAGCUCUAAUUCACAGGGACCUCAAGCCUCCAAACUUGCUGCUGGUUGCAGGAGGGACAGUUCUAAAAAUCUGCGAUUUUGGUACAGCUUGUGACAUCCAGACACACAUGACCAAUAAUAAAGGGAGUGCUGCUUGGAUGGCACCCGAAGUAUUUGAAGGUAGCAAUUACAGCGAAAAGUGUGAUGUCUUCAGCUGGGGUAUUAUCCUCUGGGAAGUGAUAACACGCCGGAAACCCUUUGAUGAGAUCGGAGGACCGGCUUUCCGAAUCAUGUGGGCUGUUCAUAAUGGUACUCGACCACCACUGAUCAAAAAUUUACCUAAGCCUAUUGAGAGCCUGAUGACCCGCUGUUGGUCUAAAGACCCUUCUCAGCGCCCUUCAAUGGAGGAAAUUGUGAAAAUAAUGACUCACUUGAUGCGGUACUUUCCAGGAGCGGAUGAGCCAUUACAGUAUCCUUGUCAGUACUCUGAUGAAGGGCAGAGCAACUCAGCCACCAGCACAGGCUCAUUCAUGGACAUCGCUUCUACAAAUACCAGUAAUAAAAGUGACACUAAUAUGGAACAAGUUCCUGCUACAAAUGAUACUAUUAAACGUUUAGAGUCAAAACUGUUGAAAAAUCAGGCAAAGCAACAGAGUGAAUCUGGACGGCUGAGCUUGGGACCCUCUCGUGGGAGCAGUGUGGAGAGCUUGCCCCCGACCUCUGAGGGCAAGAGGAUGAGUGCUGACAUGUCUGAGAUAGAAGCUAGGAUCAUUGCUACCGCAGCCUAUUCCAAGCCUAAACGGGGCCACCGUAAAACCGCUUCAUUUGGCAACAUUCUGGAUGUCCCCGAGAUCGUCAUAACAGGCAACGGGCAACCAAGGCGUAGAUCCAUCCAAGACUUGACUGUCACUGGGACAGAACCUGGUCAGGUGAGCAGUAGGUCAUCCAGUCCUAGUGUCAGAAUGAUCACUACCUCAGGACCAACCUCAGAGAAGCCAGCUCGAAGCCACCCCUGGACCCCUGACGAUUCCACAGAUACCAAUGGCUCAGAUAACUCCAUCCCAAUGGCGUACCUUACACUGGAUCACCAGCUACAGCCUCUAGCACCAUGCCCAAACUCCAAAGAAUCCAUGGCAGUGUUUGAACAACAUUGUAAAAUGGCACAGGAAUAUAUGAAAGUUCAAACUGAAAUUGCAUUGUUGCUACAGAGAAAGCAAGAACUAGUUGCAGAAUUGGACCAGGAUGAAAAGGACCAGCAAAAUACAUCUCGUCUGGUACAGGAACAUAAAAAGCUCUUAGAUGAAAACAAAAGCCUUUCUACUUACUACCAGCAAUGCAAAAAACAACUAGAGGUCAUCAGAAGCCAACAGCAGAAACGACAAGGCACUUCAUGAUUCUCUGGGACCGUUAAAUUUUAAAAUAUGCAAAGACCUUUUUUUAAGAAAAAACAAACCAUAUGACAAUUCAUGAGUGUUAGCUUUUUGGCGUGUUCUGAAUGCCAAAUGCCUGUAUUUGCUGCAUUAGUUACGUCAGUUAUUUUUCUUAUGGUGUCUUGUUGCGUAAGAUGAUAGCACCUGUGGCUUGGAAAGGCAAGUGUUCUCCGCUUCAGAGCACAUGCAGUGAACGUGGCUGUACAUGCAUGCUCCUGGUGUGAGACAGCGGACAGCUGGGAUGUCACACUGGCUACUGUGUGCAAGCAUCGUUCUUUUCUCUGUAGUAAAAGGUGGAACCUCACGGAUUUUCUUCUUAGAGCUCAUCUCAAAAAUCUGGUAUUAUGUUUCCCAAAAGGUGGUAUGCACCAACGUAAAGACAGGGUAUUAUAAAUAACUGGUGGUGCAUUCAUUACAAAGGACGGAACGUUUAGCUGAGUUCACAGACAGGGUUUUUUGCCAACACAUCCUGGAUCAAUAGUAAAUACAGUUCCAUCUGUUAAUGGUAAAGGUAAGUGGUGGCAGCUAUGUCUAAUAAAAGUGAGAUUAGUGACUUUUAUCAGGCUGAACAUCGUUCAUGAGAUGCUGAAUAACUGCUCUUUUUAUGCCCUAAGGAUUUUCAGUUCUGUGUGGAAACAGAGACUUUCUUGACUUUUAAUAUAUUAGCAAGCAGAUGAAACUUAAGAAAACAUGAUACAGCUUAAAUUAUCCUUGCAACAAUUACUAAACUGUUUUAUGAUAUAUUUGAAGAAAAUUAAAAAAUAAUAGAAACAAAUAUUUGGCCCUGCUUUAAAAAAAAAAAAGGCUUGAACUUAAAUGUCUGUUUAUGGUAACAAAUAAGGAACAAAGCAGGCAAAUCAGGAGACAUGAGUAAGGAAGAUUAAAAGAGUAAAAUUAAACCCACUUUCCAUAGGUAUUUGGAAGGUUGAUGCCUCUGAAGUCUGUUCUGGAAUGCCUGCUGCCUUCCCGUACUUUUAAAAGAAUUUCAACACUUACAAAGAGAGUAUUUAUAUUGUUAACAAUAAAUUUACUACCAGCCUUCAAAAAAUAACUUAAAGGUAAUAAUAAAAUGCCAUUGAAAAAAAUUAA